CCCGACAUACACUGAUGGAUUUCACCUCGCGUGCUUUUUUUUUUUUUUUUGGCAAACAUCAGGUUUUGUUGCAACUGUAAAUGCAUCAGGCAGCCCGGCCUAACAAAUCAUCUUUUGGCAGGUUUUAAACUCAUUUUCAUCUACACCCAAGUGCCUGAAGGGAAAACAUUCCCACCGUUUCCUUCCAACUCAGAGCUAGGACUUUAAUUCUCUGUUUUCACUUGGCUGGUCCUGUUUCAAGACUCACGUAUAAUUCGAAGGUCAGCUCAAAUUAAGCCAAGACGAUACCUCAAUAUAUCUACAUGAUGUGGUUUCCAUUGGUAAUUCUUCUGAAUCUUGUGCUACUCACAGACUUCCUAAGCAGUCAGAAUAGCUGUCAGCAUGGCGCCUGUCACCCAUCAGUUGGAGACCUGCUUGUGGGACGCAGCAAACAGCUGACCGCUUCGUCUACGUGUGGACUGUUUGGCCCUCAGAAGUAUUGUACUGUUGGGUACCUUGAGGAGAAGAAGAGAUGUUUCACCUGCGAUUCCAGGCGCCCCUAUCACCCACUCUUCCAAACCAACAGUCACUCCAUCGAAAACGUCGUCGCGGGUUUGGAACGCGAUCGGAAGAAAUGGUGGCAAUCUGAAAACGGUGUUGACCAUGUCAGUAUUCAGUUGAACUUGGAAAAUAUGUUUCAGUUCAGCCAUCUUAUCCUGACCUUCAAGACAUUUCAUCCUGCUGCCAUGUUGGUGGAACGCUCUGCCGAUUACGGUCAAACCUGGAAAGUGUACAGAUAUUUUGCCCAAAAUUGUGCGGCUUCUUUCCCCGAUAUUCCUUCAAAACCAGCCGAAGCGGUUGGGGAUCUUGUCUGUGACUCCAAAUAUUCAGAUAUCGAACCGUCAACUGAAGGGGAGGUUAUUUUCAAAGUUCUGGAUCCCAGCUUUGAAAUAGAAAAUGUGUAUGAUCCAUACAUCCAAGAGCUGGUUGCUUUUACAAAUCUGAGAAUUAACUUUACAAAGCUUCAAGUGUUGGGAGACACUUUGCUGGGAGAAAAGAAACACAACCUUCUGGAAAAUUACUACUACGCGCUGUAUGAAAUGGUUGUUCGUGGGAGCUGCAUGUGCAACGGCCAUGCCAGAUACUGUGGCCCUGGGGAAAACCUGCGUGGGGACGUCUUCCACCAACCUGGGAUGGUGCAUGGAAACUGCCUCUGUGAGCACAACACGGACGGUCUGUCCUGUGAACGAUGCAAAGAUUUCUACAAUGAUGUCCCUUGGAGGCCGGCUGAAGGAUCCCAGGAAAAUGCUUGCCGAAAAUGUGAAUGCAACAGUCAUUCGGAAACUUGCCACUUUGAUAUGGCUGUGUACCUUGCGAACAACCGUACGACCGGCGGAGUUUGUGAAGAUUGUCAACAUAACACAACGGGGCAGCACUGUGAGCGAUGCAAGCCUUUCUUUUACAAAGAUCCUCAGAAGGCCAUGACAGAUCCUCAUGUGUGUAUCGCUUGUGACUGUGAUCCAGAAGGCGCUCUGCAAAACGGGCUGUGCCAGAGUCAUUCCGAUCCUGUCCUCGGAACCAUUGCUGGCCAGUGUCUUUGCAAGCCCAAUGUUGAAGGAGUCCAUUGUGGCAAGUGCAAGCCACACUACUAUGGAAUAAAUGGAAGCGAUCCGCUUGGCUGUCAACCCUGCAGGUGUGACUCAUUGGGGAGUUUGCCUUUCUCCGUUUGCAACCCAGAAUCUGGAGAGUGUGUAUGCCAGGAAUUUGUCACCGGACAACGUUGCGAACACUGUCUUGAAGGAUAUUGGGGUCUUGGCAGUCAUGCAUAUGGAUGCUCGCCAUGUGACUGUGACAUUGGUGGUGCCUACAAUAAUUCGUGCGCACCUACCGAUGGACAGUGUGACUGCCGACCUCAUGUAGUAGGCCGUCAUUGUAGUGAACCAGCUGUAGGCUACUUUUUCUUACCUUUGGAUUAUUAUAUAUAUGAAGCUGAAGAUUCAACGCCACUCCUUGGACCUCUGCCCUUGGUUCAGCCAACAGCCAUGCCGCGCUGCGAUGUCUACUUUCAGCGACGAGGCUAUGAUUUCACAAUUGAAAAUGGAAAAAUUGUCUUGAAGAAGAUUAAGAAAAAGGGCAUCGGAAAGCUGACAGCGGGACAAAAUUCAGUUCCGUUCAACAGAAACCCUGCUCUGAAUAUCGUGAUUAAAGAGGUUGUGCCUGGAAAACCUGUGACGUGGUCAGGACUGGGCUUUGUACGUGUGCGAAACAAAGCAGGGUUACGUUUUUUGAUCAAUAACAUUCCAUUUCCGAUGCACUUUAAUAUCAUCAUUCGCUAUGAGCCAGAGACUUCAGCUGACUGGAGAGCAACCAUUACUGUUAAGUCUUCUGGUCCUGUAGGAAGUGAACACUGUACAAAGCAAGUUGCUCUGGAAGAACCACAGUCUCUUGAUCUACCAUCCAUAAGGAGAAUCCAGUUGCUAUCCACUCCUAUAUGCUUACAGCCAAAGACAGAAUAUUUUGUAGAUGUCUAUUUUACCAAGACUUCGGAUCCUGAACCAAAGUCUCAGUCCUCCAUACUGGUUGAUUCAAUUGGACUCCUUCCGGUCAUUGCUUCUGUGGAAAACUUUUGUGAUCCAAAUGAUUUAGAAGAGUAUCAGCAGUAUCGCUGCGUGGAAAGUGCCUCGGAAAUUGGACCACAUAUCUUAGCGGAAACAUGUGCAAAACUUAUUGCCAGUUUGUCUGCCCGUAUUCACAACGGUGCCGUCCCCUGCAGGUGCCACCCACAAGGUUCCCUCAAUUCUCACUGCACAAAACUUGGAGGCCAGUGCCAAUGCAAAGCGAACGUUGUAGGACGCUGUUGUGAUAAAUGUGCGGCUGGAAGCCACAGCUUUGGGCCCCAAGGUUGCCUUGCAUGCGGAUGUCAUCCUCAAGGGUCAGUCAGCACCCUGUGUGACCAGAUGACCGGGCAGUGUCCUUGUCGAUCAGAUGUAGCCGGCCAGCAAUGCAAUCGAUGCCUAGCUGGAUAUUUCGGGUUUCCUCAUUGUCGCCCUUGUGCUUGCAACGGCUUGGCAGAACUUUGCGACCCACAGACGGGAGUGUGUUGGAACUGCACGAGGUUUACCACCGGAUCUAACUGUGAAAGGUGUUUGGAUGGGUAUUAUGGAAAUCCUCUGGAAGGAAAACCUUGUCGUCCUUGCAUGUGCCCAGAUUCCCCAACCAGCAAGAGAUAUUUUGCGCAUUCCUGCUUCCAAGACCCUUGGACCAAACAAUUAGUCUGCAAAUGCUUUGCGGGAUACUCAGGUGACCGCUGUGAUGAGUGCUCCAGUGGGUUCUAUGGGAAUCCAAGGGUAGCCCCAAGUCAAUGCCUUCCUUGUUCCUGCAACAACAACACGGAUAUGGCAGACCCAGAGUCUUGCAACAAGGACACUGGAGAGUGUUUGAAAUGUUUAUACAACACUCAUGGACCCAACUGUCAAUUCUGUAAACCUGGUUACUUUGGAUCAGCACUUCUGAGGAAUUGUGAAAAAUGUAACUGCAACCUUUCGGGUGUGAAUCCAGCAAAAUGCCCACCUGGAAGUGACUUUUGCACUUGUGAUCAGACCACGGGCCAGUGCCCUUGCUCACCUCAUGUGACAGGCGAGAAGUGUGACCGAUGUGCUCCUGGCUACUGGAACAUGGUCCAGAGAAGAGGCUGCUGUCCCUGUGGCUGCCAUCCCAAACAUUCCAUAAACAAUGUUUGUGAUCAGCUUACAGGUCAGUGUUCAUGUGAAGUAGGUUAUGCCGGAAGACGUUGUGACAUCUGUGCUGAAAAUCAUUAUGGCAUCGAUUGUAUCGAAUGCAAGUGUCACAAGGAGGGCACUCUGACUCCUGCUUGUGAUAAGGACACUGGAGUGUGUCAUUGCCGCACUGGAGUCUCUGGGGAGCGCUGCGAUCGGUGCGCGCGCAACCGCAAUCAAGCCUUCCCCUCCUGCUCUCGCUGUCACGUUUGCUUUGAUCGGUGGGAUAAGGUCAUGAGUUCUUUGUCGCGGAGAAUCCAGAAAUUAUUGAAAUUCGCGGGAACGCUCGCGGAGAAGAGGAAAGCAACGCCGGGCUGCGAUUUCAACUUUAAGGGCUAUGAAAAGAAAAUGUCUGACCUAGGAAAGGUCUUGAAAAGGCCUUUCCCAUCGUCCGAGGUGCUCUUGAAUAUUAAAAAAGUCCAGGACAAUAUUAGACAAAAAGUUUCUCACAUGUUUCUGCAACCUGGACCACUGGAUCAGUUUCCUGAUCUCCACCGUGUAAUUGAAAACCUACACAAAGAUGUUGACAAUCUUUCUGAAACCCUGCAGAAGAGAAAAGAUCUGCAUUGCGGGAUGACUUACCUACAGUUCCAAGAUUUUUUCAACAAAAUAAAGAAUUAUUAUCAAAUUACGUUGGCUGCUGAGAAGAGAAUCCAGGGAGCCAAAUCCAUCAUAGCUUAUGGAGGAAACGUAAGGAACAAGGUGUUUGCCCUCCUGAACGACCUGGACGUAAAGGAAAACAUUACGCUGGAUCAGCUGAGGACGUUCACAGUUUCAGAAAUCGAAGACCUAAAUGAAAAAGUGUGUGGGAUGCCAGGAAACGUGUCGUGUGCCGUGGCAGAGUGUGGCGGGGCUUUGUGUCAUGACAGGCAGGGCAACAAAUAUUGUGGCGAUCCAAAUUGUGAUGGGGCAUACCCUCUUUCUAUCAAUGCCUUUAGAAAGGCCGAGCGCACGGACCUGCUGUUAAGUAACCUAAUCAAUCAGACGCAAGGAUUUCAGAAUAAGAUCAAAAGUAUUAGGAAGAUGACUGAAGACACUAAGGAGAAAACAUUGACGAUACAUGGAAAACUGGAGAAAAAUAAAUAUCAAAUUGAAAAGGAAAGAGAAAGCAUGAAAGAACUUAUCAAGCAACUAAGGAACUUUUUGCUGGAGGAAAGUGCCCCACCUGAGGAUAUAGAAAAAGUUGCCAAUUAUGUUCUGGGCAUCAAGAUGCACAAGGGACCUCAGGAGCUGCCAGACCUGCUCAAUAACCUCCAGAGUCUCGUGACACAAUGUGAGGACAGCACGGAAUAUAUCAGAAACUUAAAGAAACCCAAAGAAGAGGCAGAAAAGCUUUUGAAGAAAGCCAAAGAAGCUGAGGAGAGAACGAAAGCUCUCACUGCGCCUGACGAAAUAAUAACCGACUUGAAAGAAGUCGACGACACUCAGAGACAAACCAAAGAUGCCUUGGCAACUUCAUAUGAGAAAAUAGAAGAAACUGUGUCAAAAAUUUCAAAGGCUGAGAACCAAAUGAAAAAGGCUGCCACUGAGUUGCAGGUUUUUCCAGAAAAACAGUCCAAGCUGACAGAGGAAAUAAGUUCCCUGAAGACCAAAAUGGAAACGAACAGAAUCCAAGCCGCAGGUGCCAGAUCAAAAGCAAAAGAAGCCCAAAAUCAAGCGGCAGAAAGUAAUAAGGAAUUUGCUCAUCUUAAACACGAAUUCAGCAACUUGCAAGGCAAAUUUCUGACCAGCGGACUUACCUUAGAAAUCUUGCAGAAACUCAGCUGGUUGAAAAAAGAGGCAGAAGAACUGGCCCAUGAGACCGCACAGAAAGCAAAAAGAAUCACCGCUCUAGAAAAGAAGAUACAAGAUCUGAACCAGAUCAAACAGCAAAAAGCUGAUCAGCUGAAGCAACUGGAGGAUCAUGUCCUAGCUAUUAAAAAUGAGAUCGCUGAGGAAUCAAACAGAUAUGCUGUUUGUAAAAGCUAGACGCAAAGAAGGCGAAAUCACGUGGGAAUCACUAAAUGAGAAAAGAAGGUGAGGAAACACAGGGAGUGUUGUUUGGAAAAUUUCAUGCCACAAAAGGUUAACUGGAAAAUUCCACGCUGGAGAAGAGGAAUUGUAUAUUUCACUUGGAAGCAGCUGCACAGAGAUAGUGCACUAAUGUUGUUUUGAACAACAUUAAAUUGAAAAUUUCCAGGUGCUUAAGGGGAUAACAUGGAGCCGUGUCUGCCAAGUUUGACAAUUUCAUGAUGUAUGGAUUCAACUCCCAGCUGGCUGGAAAAUUCUGGGAGUCAAAGUUCACCGCAUCUUGUUAAAGUUAAGUUGCCAAGAUCGUGAGGUAGUAGAGGAUGCCUUUAUGAAAAUCUUGAAGCCUUUUAUAAAAGUGAGCAUAAAGCAAUACAGAAUGGAACAGAACAGAGUAAUAGAGUUGGAAGGGACCUUAAGAGAUCUUCUAGUAGUUCAAUCUCCUGCUGAAGCCGUUUCAGAUAAUGGUACAGCGUUUCCUGCAAUGGUAUUAAUCUGUUCUUUGCCUUCUAUGAGAAUGAAAUAAUCUGAUUUUCUAUCUGCAAAACAAGGAGCAAAAAUGGAAGAGCAAGGAAAUUCCCACAGAGGAAGAGUUAAUACAUAAAAUAUUAGCACGUGCGGAAAUGGACAGGCUCACAAUGAUAUUAAAAGACAAAUGUGGAUCAGUUUA